GUGAAGAGGUGCGGAGAGACGCACGCAGCCGGGCUUCGACAUGGCUCAAGAGGGUGCAGAUAUGACGGAAGAAACCGAGUGUAUGAUAGAGCGAGACGCGGGGAAGAAACCGGAAAGCGGGGAAUCUUCCGGCAAUGUGAAAGAGAUGCGGGCGGUGAUGUUAUCAGCCUUUGGAGGGCUCAACAAACUCCGAGUGACCAAGAAGCUGAUGCCAGAGCCUCAGCGCGGUGAAGUGAAGAUCCGCGUUAAAGCAUGUGGUUUAAACUUCCUGGAUUUGAUGGUACGUCAGGGGACAAUUGAUAGUCCUCCAAAACCCCCUCUUGUUCCUGGCUUCGAAUGCUGCGGGAUCGUCGAGUCCGUGGGUGAAAACACAGAAAGAUUUGAGAUAGGAGACCGAGUCAUGGCAUUUGCCAACUACAAUGCCUGGGCAGAAGUUGUCUGCACACCAGAGGAGUUUGUCUACAAAAUGCCCGAUGAAAUGACUUUUGCAGAGGCUGCGGCGUUUGCCCUGAACUUUGUCGCUGCCUACAUGAUGCUUUUUGAGAUCUCCAAACUCAGAGAGGGAAUGUCGGUGCUGGUGCACUCAGCUGGGGGUGCUAUUGGUCAAGCUGUGGCUCAGCUGUGCUCCACUCUUCCUAACGUCACCGUCUUUGGGAUCGCCUCAAGUUCAAAACACUCCGCGAUCAGAGAUUCUGUCACUCAUCUCUUUGACAGAAACAUUGAUUACAUUCAAGAAGUCAAAAAGAUAUCUCCGGAGGGAGUAGACAUUGUGUUGGACUGUCUAAGUGGGGAAAACACAGGAAAAGGUCUCUGUCUGCUCAAGCCAUUGGGAACGUACAUUCUCUAUGGCGCAUCCAACAUGGUAACUGGGGAUACAAAGAGUUUCUUCAGCUUUGCAAAAUCCUGGUGGCAGGUGGAGAAGGUGAACCCUAUCAAACUUUAUGAGGAGAACAAAGUCAUGGCCGGAUUUUCGUUGCCCAACCUCCUCUUCAGGCAGGGAGGAUCCAGUUUGGUGAAAUCAGUGAUGGACAAACUCUUGUGCCUCUACAACCAAAAGAAGAUUAAGCCAGUUGUUGAUUCUCUGUGGGCUUUGGAGGAGGUUAAAGAAGCCAUGCAGAGAAUUCAUGACAGAGGCAAUAUUGGAAAACUCAUUCUGGAUGUCGAGAAGUCGCCUACUCCCUUGAUGGCCAGUGACAGUACUGAGACCAGUGAAGCGGGGGAGGAGGAAGAGGAGCCUGAGGGGGACAAUGACAGCAAAGAGCGCAUGCCUUUUAUUCAUUAGAACGAAACUAAAAUGCCUCAUCGGGUCACGCUCAGAGAGUUGUUUGUGUGUUUGUGCAUGUAAUGUACUCAUGUUCUCUUUGUUACCUGUUGUUACUUGCAGAUGGAAUGUUUGGAAAUUGACCUGCUGCAUUUUGUGCAUGUGUAAAGUAUGUUUUGUUUUGUUUCGCCACAAUCUAGUGAAUAGGUUGAACUCCUAAUAUGGAUUAAUAUACAUUUAACCUUGCUUACAACAAAUAGACAACUUUAGAUUGAAUAGGAAGUCAAUCAGUUUAGCGAAAUAUGAAUGAUGGUCAAAAUGCAUGAAUGUAGAGUUUUCUUUUUAAGCAACCCUACAGGCACCAACGUCAUCAUAAUUUAUUAUGGGAUCACGUGUGCCUUGUGUUUCAUACUUGAAAUGUUUACCCUUAAUGUCAAGCUACGAGUCAACAAAUGCAUCUGCACAAUAUCAAGAGUAUUACAAAUUAAUUAAUAAAAGUUAAAAAUAAGUCAUUAGUAAUUCGUGCGGCGAUUGGACUGAUGAAAAAAAAUGACCAGCAUUUGUUUUGUUUGUUCCAUGGUAAUGUAAACGGAAAUGAAAACAAUAGAAUCCAAAAAGACUUUUAUUUUACAAGACAAAUAAAUAAAUAAGAGAUACAGAAAUAAACCUGAAUGUCUGUUAAAACAAACGGAAAAAAAAAGACGAUGAUGAUUUCUUCACUCAGACUGCCAGUUGGGAAAGACUUUUUUUAUUACCUGUUUGACCAAAGUAUUUACUGUCUGGUGCCUCAAAAAAAACAUGCCCUAAGAGAUUGUUUAUUUUUACAAUCAACACAGGCCAUCAAAAUUAGAAAAAAAUAUCAAAUGCAGGGAACACUAUCAACACCUUGACGACUUAUUGAGACAAAGAAACGGGAAACUUGAAUCACUUUUCACACAACUGGAUGUAUUUUCUCAAGUGCCAACUGAUUGAAAAGAAGUUGUUAAAAUUAAAACUUACAUAGAAAUGAAAUAUUGUUCAUGCUAGAAAUGACUAUACAGUAAGUAUGACAUUUUUUGUUUAAUGUAGGUAAUUAUUAUUGAAUGGAAAUAUAUUUGAUAUGAAUGUUUGUAGGAGAAAAGUUAAAGGUGCAUGCUUUGGUAUAUGCGUAUGUUUGUGUCAACGUCUCGUCAUGAAUUAUUGGGGGGGAAAAAAGGAAAAGGCAAGUAUUUAGCUUUUACUUUAUUUCAUACCUGUGGUCAACUACUUUUGUCCAGUCUUGCAAUCCGUCAUU